AUGGCAGCUGAUCUGCAAUCCCUUGGUUAUCCAGAUAACUCAAGCAAGGUUGAUAAAUCAAAUUCAGAAAACGAUAGUGUUGAUAUAAAAAGGACUGCAAGCAGUGGAGAAGGACAUCCAGAAACAGUCACAUAUUCAAGGGAUCUAUAUUCCAUCACAAUUACACAAUCCAGAAGGCUGUCUCGGUGGGAGCUUGAAUCCAAAGCUGCCGCAGCACAUUCAGCUCCCAUUGCUGUUUUGACAAUGUCACCAUCAACCACAGAGGGUGACUUCCCAGAUCCUGUUGCUUCAUCAGUAUUAUUACAAGUUUUACCAUUGCAAGCACCACGUAAAGAACAAACAGAACAUGUUGUGCAAGGGGCCAGACAACAUUGAGAAACAUGCUGGCAGCAUGAACUGAAAACAGCCAGAUGAGAUGUUUGGCCUGUAAGGAGUUGAUAUUUUUGAGAAGUAGAGCAAGUAACUGAAAUUUUCACCCGAACAUUGGUAAUUCCAAUUACCAAAUUGAUUCAGCCGCUGUAAAAUCUGUUCCUUCUUCUCCUUGAGCUCAUAAUACUGACUAAGUAACUGAUUGUAAUCUUCCGCACCUAGCGAAGAUGUAUUGCCAUUAAUGGCAUCUCAAAUGACCAUACUGUUUGAAGAAUCAACAUUAGGUUCAGACCUUCAAUCUACACAAGGGUUUUCUUCAACCGGAGCAAGAUUUUUAUCCUCUAUCAUCCCUGUUUUGGUCUUCAACAGUGUUGUCAUCUCCUCCCUCCCUAUGUAUUCAUGAAAUACAAAAAAUUAUAUUAAAAAUUGAAGACUUCUGCAA